AUGAGUGGUAGUCACAAGCAAGCUUCGCGCCGCAGUGCUGUUGAUGAAGACUGGGAGCGCCCAACAACCUUUGAGCUAGCCAAGAAGCGCACCUUGAAUUGUUCUCUGCAAGAGAAAAAGGAUCGGCUUGUGACUCCGAUUGUGGAUCAGCGAGAUGAUAUUUUGAAGACGGUCAAGAAGAAAUUGCCAGGUCCGAAUCCAACCACAAAUUCACCCAUUUAUGAUGCAUUGGAUCGAGCCAUCCCCAAGAGCUUUGCCAAAACAGCGAACGGUGAGAAGAUGGCCAAAGCUGUACUUGGGAUGUACAGUGCGCUGAAUGCCUGUAUUGAAGUGUUGGAAGAAGAUGGUGCUCGUGUACCUCGACUUUUGUCUCGUCACUUUGAGGAAUUGAAAUUAGCCAUUGACUCUGCUACAGCUAAUUUCCAAGCCAAUGCUCUCUCCAAAUGCAGCAGUGUCUUUGUUGCACUGACGACACAGCAGAAAGAACGGUGCUACAAACAAAAUGGAUUCCUUCCGACUGAUGAAGCCCAUCGCAUUUGUGUCGGCUGCAAGCACCAAUUUGUGGAUGAACCUGACACCAACAAAACUGUGGCAGAAAAGAACAAGGUCAACCGGAGAGCCUUUGAAGAGAAGAAGAAGCAGGCAGAGGAAGAGGCCAAACAAAACAAGACUAAGCCGAAACGUAUGCUCGCCCAAAAGCAGAGCAGCAAUACCGACAAUGCCAUUGCUCACAAAUGCGCUGCUUGA